AUGGCGCGACGCCGCGAGCAGCCUGUGGAGGAAGAGGACCAGGAGAUGGACGAGGAGCUGGUAUCGCUCCAAUUCAAUGAACAGUUGUCAUGGCGCGCUGGAAAACCAAUUGCGACGGGUCAGCUCCUGCGCCGGCUAGAGAAGCUAUCCAAAGAGCUUGCCGACAUGGACCAGGAGACCGUUUACAAGGACUCGCUUCACAGUGUCGCCAAAGAUCUCGCCUCGCAUAACCUGCUGGCGCAUAAGGAGACUGGUGUGAAGGCUUAUGUUGCAUCGUGCUUGGUGGACGUUCUUAAGCUGUGCGCCCCAGAGGCUCCUUUUACUCCCAAGCAACUCAAGGAAAUAUUUACUCUUUUCGUCAAGGUCAUACUCCCCGCACUCUGGAACCCAUCGCAUGCAUAUAACGCCCAGCACAAAUAUGUCCUUUCUUCGCUAGCCGAUGUCAAGAGUAUCCUCUUAAUAAACGACGUUAAUAAUUCCGAGGAGCUUUUACUCGAGCUCUUUUCUACAUUUUUCGAUGGUAUCUCCGGAUCGUUCAAAAACUCAUCUGGAGAACAGGUGGCAAAGGAUGUUGAGUUUCACAUGACCGAGGUUAUGGUAACCUUGGUUGAUGAAAGCGCCUCAUUGCCGCCCUCUGUUCUAGAUGUAAUAAUGGCUCAAUUUCUUCGGGCCGCUCCCCGAGCCGGUCACAGGGAGAAGACGGAAUCUAAUGGGACUCAAACCACGUUAUUACCCAAGGAGGAGCCAGAGGCAUAUGUCAUGGCCAAGACGGUAUGCAAUUCUUGUCCUGACAGGAUGGCGCGCUAUGUCGGGCAGUAUUUCAGUGACGUGAUUAUGGAUGUAUCAGGAAAAGGGAGUCAUGGGAAUGGACAUAAGGACGAUGAGCAGUCAGAUGACGAGGCCGUGACUGCUGGACCUUCCGAAGCCGAUUUUAAGGAAUUAAGAAAGGCUCACCAACUUCUUCGCGAGCUUUGGCGAGCAGCUCCAACGGUGCUUCCGAAUGUGAUACCUCAAGUUGAUGCCGAAUUAUCGGCCGAUGAUGUGUCUUUACGCCUUCUAGCUACCGAAACGCUGGGAGAUAUGAUCUCAGGUAUUGGAGCUGCUGGACCCCCUCCCCCUCCUGUUCUUGAUCCAGCGGCGUACCCUCCGCUAAAACUAGGCGACGAAGCGCCGGAUCACCCUGCGACAAGUAUCUUGACCACACCUAUCUCGCCCCUUUCUUUCGCUCAGACUCAUCCGCAGGCGUUCCAAAACUUUAUUGGACGUAGAAAUGACAAGUCACCCCUGAUUCGUGCCUCAUGGACGACAGGUGUGGGUUAUAUUGUAUCGACAUCUGCUGGUGGCAUCGGGCUGAGUCGAGAGGACGAAUCAACCUUCAUGACCGGCCUAAAGGACAAACUGAAUGAUAGUGAUGAGAAAGUUCGCCUUGCUGCGGUUACUGCGAUACAAACCUUCAGCUUCCGCGACAUUGUGCUUAAAUUGGCAGCACUUGGAGGCAUCACUAAAGAUGGCUCAGUGUUAUAUACCCUCGCAGAUCGAUGCCGAGACAAGAAGUCUUCUGUGCGUGUUGAGGCCAUGGCGCUUUUGGGAAAGCUAUGGGGUGUGGCAAGUGGUGAGAUUGCUGCCGGGCAAGAAGCCGUCAUAUCGGCACUGUCUGGUAUUCCUUCGCGCAUCUUUAACACGUUCUAUGCAAACGACCUUGAACUCAAUGUUCUCUUAGAGCGGGUUGUCUACGAGUGCCUUGUACCUCUAUCUUUCCCGCCACUUCCCAAAGCUAAGGGAUCUAAAUCUUCUAGUAGCCAGUCCCAGUCGCAAUCGGUGGGCGAGUCGAAUUACGACCAAGAUAAGAUACGAGCGGAAAGAGUUCUUCUGCUUGUCAAAGAUUUGGAUAACAGUGCGCGAAAAGCCUUCAAUGCUCUUCAGGCCCGACAGCCACAGUUUUCUAAAGUACUAGAAAAUUUAGUCCGUCAAUGCGAUGCCUUCAAUGGAGGCAACCCGGAGGGCGAUGCAGACAGAAUCCGGCAGAAUCUCUCAAAAACAGCGAAAUAUCUUGGUCAAUUUCUCCCAGAUCCAAUUAGAGUGGAGGCUGAUUUGCACACUUUUGCAAACUGGCACGAUCGCCGAAGUUAUCAGCUCAUCAGAUUUACCGUGUCCCCCGAAAGUGACUUUAAGACAAUGCACAGAGCAAUCAAAGAGCUUGUCAAAAGAGUCCAAGGAUCUCCUAAACCACAUAUCCUUGACACAUUACUACCGAUUCUCUACCGAUCUGCUUAUAUCCUGUUCAAUAAGAGCCAUCUUUCAACUUUUAUGGACUGCUCGAAGAGUGACAAGGACGGCCUUGGAGCUGCAGCCCAAGAGAUAACGACAGAAAUAUCACAACAUAAUCCAGAUCUUUUCAAGACGCACGUUGGACAGAUCUGCAAAGACUUGGUAGAAAGUGCACCUAAACCUGAAGAAACGAGUGAUACAGGUAUGGUCGAGACGCUCAAGGCUUGCUCGUCGUACUCUCGGAAAUACCCAACUGAACUACCUGGUGAUCGAAAGUUUACACAAGCAUUGAUCAAAUAUGCCUUGUAUGGACAGCCAACGAAAUCUGCUAAAUACGCUGUGAAUGUGUUGAUGGCUCGGAAGGACCAGGACAGCCUAGUGUCAGCCACUGAUCUGCUACAGAGAGUCAUGAAAGAUUGGGGCUACGGCACCUCUCAUUUCCUUAACAAACUUGCAGCAGUCAGCCAGUUGGAGUUGUUGGCACCAACAGUGACGGCUGGUGCCAACGAUGACAUCAUGGACAUGGCAUUAAGGGACGUCCUCAUGCAGGUUCGUGUUGAUGCGAAGGACACGGAUCCAGAUUGGGUUUCUGAUAUAGAGAUUGAUGAGGAGUGUCAGCUGAAAUCAUGGGCACUUAGAGUCGUUGUGAACCGUAUUCGGGGCAUUCAGGAUCUAGAGGAAGCAAAGGAACUUGCCCCUCCAGUGUUUAAACUGCUUCGUACCCUUCUGAAGGCACAAGGAGAGCUCUGCAAAACGAAGGAUACACCAAAGCACCACAAGUCACGACUACGGCUACUGGCUGGUCAGCUUCUUCUGAAGCUAUGCACAUCUAAGCACUUUGAGGAGCUUCUUUCGCCUUCAGACUUUAACCAGCUCUCACUUCUCACUCAGGACACCUGUGCGAACGUGCGCCGUCUUUUUGUCGAGAAGCUUCAGAAAUAUCUUGUCCAGAACAGGCUUCGGGCGCGGUUUUAUACUAUCAUCUUCCUUGCAGCGUUUGAACCGAACGUGGAGUUCAAAAACCAGAUUGAGACUUGGAUUAGAUCUCGUGCUCGUUUCUUCCGGGACGCCAAGCAAAAUGUCAUGGAAUCCACUAUGGGAAGACUUAUAUCUCUUCUGGCACAUCAUCCCGAUUUCAGCCCGGAACCUGAGGAAUUAGUUGAUCACGCAAGGUAUCUUCUCUUCUACUUGAGUAAUGUCGCUACUGAAGCCAAUUUUGGCAUGAUAUUCAAAUAUGCAGAACGCGUGAAACAGACGCUUGAUGGCAUUGACACCUCCAAAAGCGAAAGAUUAUACAUUCUCAGCGAUCUUGCUCAGAGCUUGCUACGAAAAUGGCAAGAGCGGAAGAACUGGAGUUUCCAAGCCUAUUCUAGCAAGGUUGGUCUACCCGUGGGAUUAUAUACCUCUCUUCCUAGUCAUCAAGCGGCGCAGGAGAUCGCAGAGAAGCAGUACCUCCCGGAAGAAAUAGAUGAGCAAUUGGACAACCUCUUGAGGUCGGUAGACAAGAAAAAGAAGCGCAAGAGCGCAGAUGAGCGAACUGAAGGUCAGCCGGCGCAGAAGAAAGCUAGGGCUCCGGCUUCAAAAAAUACUCCGAAAGUCAAAGUACCCCGGCCUUCAAAGGCUUCUUCAAGCCGGACGUCCGGGAAACCUAAGACUUCCACCCGGGCCAAAAAGGCUAAAGAAUCGUCAUCCCCUGCGCCAGAGGCUGCGAAUCGGAGACGCAGUGGUCGCGCGAGGAACAAUUCGUCUUAUAUAGAACGAGAUGACUCCGCAGACGACGAUGAUAUGUUGGAAGGGGUGGCUAAAUGGCAAUAUUAUGAUGAAGAUGGUAACCUUAUCUCACACGAAGAUGAUGAAGGAGAUGAUACUUCUAGUUUGUCAGAGGUCACCGAGGAUGAGGCAGAAGCUAUGGAUGAAGGAAACGAGACAGAGGAAAAGGGUGAACCGGAGCCGAAGCCUGUUAAGGAUGAUGAAGAAGAGUCUGAACUUAGCGACAUCGAAGACGAUCUUGAAAACGACACCUCACCACCUCUAUCGAAGCCAACAGGACGCAAGGGCCGCUCCGCUGCUACCACUGCCCCAGUGGCAAAGAACCUACCCUCUAGACCGGCCGUUAAAGAUGCCACACCAAAGGGCAAAUCGGCUACAGCCAAUAGUACGAAACCAAAACCAGCGCCCAAGGCCAGGCCCAUUAACACUCGAGCGACGAGAUCUCGAAGAGCAGCCGCCGAGGACGAAGUGGAUGGAGACUCUGAGUAGGGCAUUGUAAUUCGAAAUGAUGAUACUGGGAGCGCUCAAGCAAACAUUAUCGUUGCUUAUUCAUUCGGGACAUUAUGAUUUGGGGGCUAAGGUAGUGCUGGGAAUGGGUGCUUUGAUGAGAUAACGAUGAUUAAUCUUUUGCUUUUCAUUUUAUCCUUUUGCUUCCCUCCUGAGGGGCAUCUCUCUCACAUACUUUCGGUCCUAGGUACCUGGUUACCCUGU